AUGCAGUACGACCAGGUGCAGCCCGUGCAGUUUCAGAUGGCCGCAAACCGCGGGCGGCCGACAACGGCGCUCAUCCUUGGCGGCCAGGUCGUGGUUGAGAACACACGCCCUGCGCUGCCGACAUUGCUGGGGCGCACGCGCCUCCAGAUCUCCCGUGGCGCAAGGGCCCCCCUGUUUGCGGACAUCGAGUGCCCAGGGCUGCUGGUCCCAGGACGCCUAGUGUGCCCCUUCCGCGUGCCUGUCGGUGACGGCGGGGCCGGCGGCGUCCAGGCGCAGGUCUCCCCAAGCUUCCUGGCCGGCGGCGGCGAGGUGGUCAGCAGCGUCCAGCCAUUCAACUUUGCACAGGCAGUGGAGGUCGAGCUUGGCCGCUGCGCCAGCCUGCGCGGGGACACGCCGACAGGGAGGGGGCUGGCGGCCUCGAGGUUCCGUGACGGGCAGCGGGUCCAGGCGCCGGGCAACAGGGUGUGCCAGUCUGUGACGUUUGGGUACACCCAGCUGGUGGGGACCUUCCCCAUUGAUGGGGGCUGCGGCGAGUACCAGGUGCAGCAGUCUAUUGCAGUCGACCCCGACGGCCGUUUCCAGAGGCAGCAGCUCUCCACCGCAGGCGCCCGCGUCCGCGUCGUCGGCUGCGAGCGGCCGCCGGCCCUGAGCUUUGCGAGCGCCAGGCUAUUCGCGCAGCGCAGAUACGCGUGGAAGGUGUCCAAGGCCGCCACCCCCAGGGGCCCGCUCACCACUGCCUGGAACAAGGCGGUGUCAAUCAGCUACGACGUCAGGUACGACCGCGCCCUCCUCGGGCUGGGCGGCUUCGGGGUCGACACGACCAUCCAGGUGGACAACCCCAACUACUUCCAGCUCAACCUCGGGUACGUCCAGCUGGAGAUCGCACAAGGCGCACAGCCGGCCCAGCUCGUGCGCGCCAAGUGCCCUGUUGAUGACCAGGGGCGCGUCGUGGUGCCGCCGCGGGCGUCGGUGACGUGCGCGGCUUCGUCGGCGUCGCCGGCCGGCGAGGGGGUUGUCGCACUGCGGGCUCAGGCGUUCCAGCUGGACGGGGCGCAGGUCAGCAGCCCUGUGUCGAGGCUCGACUGGGCGGACGCCGCCGUCAACGAGGCCGACCCCCUGAUGGAGCCAAACUCUGUGGAGGGCAACGCGCCGCCACCGGCCGGGCAGGAGCAGCGGGUCUGCAACCCGGCAGUGUUCCGAUACACCGCCACCUGGGGCCCGUGGCGCCGCACCGACUGCUCGCUCACUCAGCCCUACAACUUGGCAACGCUCACUGUGGAGGGCACCAAUCAGACCUUCUCAGACUUCUCCCUGGCCUCAAUCAACAUCACCGGCUGCGCGCCGCCUGCACGCCCCCUGCCAAUCGUGAGGAUGACGGGCGUAACUAGUGAGAACAUCACUGCUGAGUACAGGUGGUCGGUCACCAGGGCUCUGGCACCGCAGGUCAAGAGCCUGACCAUUGCGGCCAGUGGGUUCAGCAAGGUGGACGUGAGCGUCAGCUACCAGCGCGGCAACGCGGUCAAUGUGACAAAAUACCUGCUCAAGGGCUUCGUCGUUAUCACCAACCCCCAGCGCGCCGGCACCGUGGAAGUCGAGAGGGUCGAGGUCGUCCUCUCCCGCGGCAAGGGGGCGCCGAUCACUGUUGUACCCAACUGCCCCAGCGGCGGCAAGAAGUUCUUGCUGCAGCCCAGCCCCAACGCCGGCGUGACCUGCGGCUUCUCUACGCCCUACCCUGACAACCGCGCGUCGAUUGCUGCCGCGGUGGUCUACCUGGCCGACAAGCGCAACGCGACGUCCAACGUGCAGCCCUUCACGUUUGCCCAGGCACCCAACACCACUGCCGGCUACUGCGCGUACAUCUCCGAUACGUUUGCCUGGUCGGCGCCUGCGGGCGUUCCGGCACCCAAGAUUGGUGCUGGCGAAAAGGCUCCGGACGCAGCCCAGGCGCUUCGGACGUGCGAUCCGCGGACCUUCAAGUACACAGUGCAGUUUGGCGGCUUCACGCGGGACAAGUGCAGCACGUUUGCGUUCAAGAGCGACGCGCGGGCCGUGCCCACGUCUGGCUUUGGCGCUGCAGGCGCUUCGACGCUCUCACUUCCGGUCCUAUGCAAGCCGUAG